GCAUUAUGGAUAAGACUUGUAUAAAUAAGUGAUAAAGUGAUCUUUAUGCAUCAACGAUAUUGUGCAAAAUACGAUAUUUGAUACGUAAUUAAAAUUACUAUGUAUAUAUUAACGCAUUGAAUUAUAUAAUUUCAAAUUAUCUGAAUUUUUUGCAAAUGGUUUUUCGUUACUGUAGAUUAACUAGCAUUUUGUCGAGUAGGUAAAUAGGUUGAGACAUAAAGAUCGACUUAUCGGGAAAAAUAAAUGCGAUAAAGCAAUCGUAAAUUACAUUCACGGUCCUUAUUUAGUAUUUUUAAACACAGAAACAAUCAUUUUGUGCGAUAUUAAAAGAUCUUGUGAAAAGAAAAGAACUCACUUUGCGUUACAUCGAUCUUGCAUUAUUCGCUUUCCUAAAUACCUACAUGCCUAACCGAUGAUGUUUCGCGUCUGUUGAAAGGGAUUGAGGUGACGGUAGCCCUCGAUCGGGAAAGAACAAAAUGGAGGAAAAAAGAUUGGACAUAGAGAAACCACUUUGGGAUCUCAGCACCUUCGCAGGGAGAUGGAAACAUUUCGCAUCGGUGACUGAUUUCCGCACAUGCCUCGUUCCUGAAUCCGAAUUGCACAAUGCGAAAAAACUAUACGAAGACUGCAAACUUGGUAAGGAACCACCUGGUACAACCCGAGAGCAAAUGAUCUACGCUAAAAAGCUUUACGAAUCUUCCUUUCACCCCGACACCGGUGAUCUACAGAAUGUAUUUGGCAGGAUGUCCUUUCAAGUGCCAGGUGGUAUGGCAAUUACCGGUGCUAUGCUUCAAUUCUACAGAACAACUACCGCCGUAGUCUUCUGGCAAUGGAUGAACCAGUCGUUCAACGCGUUUGUUAACUAUACUAACAGAAACGCUAACAGCCCCACGACGGAAUUUCAAUUAGGGAUGGCUUAUGUUAGCGCUACCUCUGCCGCUAUGUUAACAGCAAUAGGAUGCAAGUCGUUCUGGGCGAAACGAGCGAACCCACUUAUGGCGCGUUACGUGCCGUUUGCCGCUGUGGCAGCUGCGAAUUGCGUGAACAUCCCUUUGAUGAGGCAAAAUGAAAUAGAACAGGGGAUUGAAAUUAGCGAUGAAAAUGGCAAUAAACUUACAAAAUCAAAACUGGCAGCGAUCAAAGGUAUCAGUCAAGUAGUAAUCUCAAGGAUUGUGAUGUGCGCACCUGGCAUGCUCAUUCUUCCGCCCAUUAUGGAGAAACUAGAGAAAUACCCUUGGAUGCAGAAGAUUAAACCAUUGCACGCGCCUAUACAAGUUGUGCUCGUCGGUUGUUUUCUGACGUUUAUGGUGCCCACUGCUUGUGCAUUGUUCCCACAAAAUUGCUCGAUUAAGUCAAGUACUUUGGAACGUUGGGAACCCGAAAAUUACGAGAUUCUAAAGAAGAAUUUUAAAGGCAGAGAGAUACCUACGCAUUUGUACUUCAACAAAGGUUUAUAAUGUACGAGAACCGCUAGUCCCGAUAAAAAUCACUUCAAGAAUGCAUUUUCAGUCACCUUUUAAAAGGAAUUAUAGUAAGCCGAUUAACUAUGGAAUUGAACGAGUUUUCAUAUAUAAUACAAAGACGGGAUACUUGUAGUUUUCUGCUGGUUCAGAGGAUGACAAACGUUCCGAGAAGAACCCAGACCUAUUAUCUAGUGAAUAUGACAAUAUUGCAUUUGAAAUGAUUUUUACUCAUAUGGCAAUAUACUUUAUUCCUAUUGUUUGUGCUAAGUUACGAUACUUAAAUACUCAUGGUGCAUUUUUCUAAUCAAUAAUCGUCAUUCACGACAGUGAUAAACAUUACAAACACUAACAUACAUACUGUUAGUGAAUGUAAUUAUUAUACACGAGACGGUUUCGCACAGCAAUAAUUUGUCUCUAUUUAAUGAAUUAGGCGAACAUAUCUGUUAUGCGUUAAGCCGCAAUAUCGUAAUCUUACACACCAUUGUUAAAUCGCUCGAAACGUGUAUUAAAUUUUUAAACGAUUGUUGAUAUAUUAUUAUUUCUACCUUCCUAAAUGAUUAAACAAAGCAAACAAUGCUGUCAUGUAUAUUUUAGUAAUAUUACAAUAAACGAUACAAAAUUAA